AUGGUUAACCCUAACCAUAUUUCUCGUCCGCUGGGACGCAUGUCUUCUGACGAUGCUUCAUCAAAUUCGCACUACAAACAUUCGCACACCACAUCGAGCCUCGCAGACGUCUUUAAAUCAUUAGGUGUUUCCCGGCCAAAGUCACUUUCUGUGGCUUCACCGCAAGACAGCAGCGAUUCCUUAUCACAAACAUCAGAUGGACGCAGGAGCAAUCUAGUCUAUUUCGGAUUCGACUCGAUGCAUCGUGGCAGUGUCGUGUCGAGCUCUUCGGACACAUCUGGUCCGCCGGAUUUCGAGGCGUCGCUCAGAACUUUGACCCAGAAACAGAAUCUGGCCCAAGCUAUCGAUGAAGCGGAACAGACAGCAAAGUCGCUCCAUUGGUUAUCUCCAGAACAAUCACUUACGCUAUGGGAGGCUGGCUCCUAUCUCAUUCAUGUGAGCUCGGCAGAAGCUCGGAGGAGUGGCUCAGCAUUGAUGGAAGCCGUUGCGUCUCGCCAAGAUUUAUCUCCCACAGCUAGGCGCACCCUCUUUGAAUCGAUUUCGCGCUCGUCCGAGCCCGAUGUUAUACCUGCUCGCGUUCAGUCGUUGAUAUCAUUAUCGGAUCAUGGCAAAAAAUUGGAGUUCACCAAUUCGUCGAUACUUCCCAUCAUUUCGUCCUGUAUACUUCCGCUUUACGAACUAAUUUCAACGGCUCGUUUGAGAGCAAGGAAAUCGAGAGUCGGUAGGGCAAAUGGACUGGGGUACGAGGAUACCGCAUUAGACGAUUUGCUGCAAUUUGUGGUAGACUUGAUUACACUGCAGCGGAGGCCCCCAACCAGUGAAGAAGUCCAAACAUUACUCGAGCAGGUUUUUAUUGUCUGUAAAAGGACAAGCGUUGCUGCCGACAUUAAGAAUUCGUUGGCACUUUUCGAUGCCAUAAUUCUUUAUGCGGACGUACCAGACGGAAGCUUUGUCCCUAUGCUUGAAGUCCUGUGUAAUAUUCAUGCCUCCGUCAAGUCAUUAUCAGGUCCUACAUCAAGGGCUGUUCGAAAUCUAGCCAAGUCACGAAGACAGGCUGAGAUGGUGGAUACUCUUUACUUGUUUUUGUCGGAAUCUUCUGAAGGUGUGUUGCGUGGAUCUGUGCACGUCUUCACAGACCUUAUUCGUGCGCAUGGCCAAGAUGGAAUCCCACGGCUUGACUUCGAGUAUCUGUCCGAGACUCUCCAGGCUGCUUUAAAACAGCCUAGAGUGAAAAUGAAGGAUGAUGGCAAAUUGGAGGCAGAUAUUCUGGAGCUUUGCCUAAACGUUCUGGAAGGGGGAUUUUCUGACGCUGCAUUAAGGAGCAACUGGUUAGGUUUCGUCGAGCUAAUGAUUCUGUGCUCCCUCAGAAUUGUUGAUGAGCCUUGGGAGCGUUUCACGGCGUCAAGUGCACAGCUGUCCCAUCCGAGGGGCAACUCAGUCGACGAUGCGAGACCCCACAUUUUGGCCAACAUUACCCAAAUUGCCUCCGCAAUUGAAAACCUCUGGGAGCGUAUGGAUAGACAGCAGAAAUUGGAAAUCACUCGCUUCUUGAUGCAUAUUUGUCAGCAGAUCGAGCCUCCGCAGGCUGAGCUUGUCCUGAACACAGUAAGAACAGAGAAGCUUUGUUUCCCUGGCAGCCCGGGCUGGGUACAGCAUUGUCAAAAACUUAUCCACUGUUUCAUUCGAUCUCGCACAAAGACAUCCGAUGUACGCAUUCUGGCUCUGGAAACGGUGAAGGAGGCUUUCUCGAGUUACGAGUCUCUUGUGAAAUUCAUAGAACAGGGACUUCUGGACCUGAUGUUAGAGAACUUCGCUCAUGAGGAUGACAUUAUGUUUCUGGAGACAUUGGUUUCUUUUGCUGUGGACAUUUCCAUUCUCGUUCGCGACGAUUCUACCUUCAAACUCCUGGUAGAUACCAUCAGUUCACCGAUGAAAAAGGAUCUGGCCAAAGACGGGCUACAUGGGGCUGAGCCUUCUACGUUGCCACCACAGCGGCCGUCGUUGGGUAGUGUGGUGGAAUUAUCCUUGGCCAAUGUCUGUUCUGUUGGGCUAGUUAGGAUGUUCCUUCGGUGUCUGAAUAAUUCCGCAACUAAAGCUGUUAUGGUCUUCGAGGCUCUUCUGGAAAUUUCUCAGUCUUCAGAGCGACCUGUAGACUCACGAUUGACUGUACUCAAGCUGCUAUUCAGACUUCGAUGCGACUCUGCGGGCUCCAUUACAGUUAUAUCCACCUCCGAGAAUGACUUCAUGAUGGGUGUCUCCGGCCGGAAUGUGGAAGUCGGCUUCAAAAAUACCUUAUUCGAAGAUCAAGGCUCAGAGCACAGCGCGGAGACUGAUCACUCACGCCCACCUGCCCAGGGGAGGCUUUCAAUCAAGGAUCCAUCUUCCAGUCUUCCAUCCAAAUCUAUGGCUCGAAGUACGGGGAGCAGCAUGCGUAAUUCCAAACUGAUGCCACCAGUUUGGACGUAUUGCUCGUCCCAUGUCCUUCCAGAGGAGCCACCUGAUGAGUCUAGCCCAUUUGUAUAUGCGUAUACUGCACCGCAGGGAUCGCCUUAUGUCGAAUCUGGUCCAGUGCAGAAAGUCACAUUGAAGGCAAAUAUGUGGCUAGAAACGGUUAUCUCGUUGCUACAGCGUGAGGGGAAUUGGGACAUAUACAGCUAUAUUUUGACUCACCUUGGGCCCCAACUUCGUAACCGGGAUUUUUUCACCAACGCGGUCCCGCAAAUCAAACUAUUGCGCAGCAUUUUGUGUGACCAAGUUAAAAAUGACUCCUUCCGAGAACCUCCCCCAACUACCGGUAUGAAAAAGACCGAUGUGGCGGGAUACAUCUUCGAGUCUCUUUGUGUGUUGGUUAGUUAUCAUGAGUUUUUUGCUAAAAGUGAAGAAGAUGAACUUGUUCGCGCAUUCAUGCUGGGCAUUAUUGGAUCAUGGGGAGGUACUUCUCGUGGAUGCAUUCAUGCCCUUUCAGUUUGUUGCCAUGAAAUCCCGCUUUCGGUGACGAAGUCUCUAAAUGGAAUCCUUGACAAGAUGUCCAAAGUGAUUACGAUGUCGAACCUUGCUGUUCAUAUCCUAGAAUUCUUAGCACUGCUUGCGCGACUCCCCGACGUCUAUAUCAAUUUGCGGGAAGAGGAAAUUCGCACCGUUUUUGGUGUUUGUAUCCGGUUGUUGCAAACCUCCAGGGAGCAACGAUUUAAAGCUUCCGAGUCGCCUACUCGGUCCGGUACACAAUUGUCAUCGAGACUCGGAAGUGGUGUGCGAGAAACCGCGGCCCUGCCUGCUGAGAUGUCCGACCCCUCACUCCACGAUGGAAUGUCGAGAUAUAUCUACACUCUCACACACCAUGUUAUGGUUUUCUGGUUUCUGUCUCUGAAGCUGCAAGACCGAGCCAAGCAUGUCAAUUGGACAACUAGCCGGCUCAUUUUCAAGGACGAACAUGGGAAAGAGAUGGUUGAAGAACAAAGCCAGGUUUUCCUAGAUUUAAUGCAAAGGGCCGCAUUUACGGAUUUAGGCGACACUAUUCCAUACCCAGUAUUUCCUCCGUCCCCUGCGGAUGGACCCGUCACGAAAAAAUCGUGGGUAGUGGGGAUGAGUAUUAUCACCGUGGAGACUGCUGGAGUUUCUGGCUUGACCCAAAUCACGAAAAGGCAGGCCUCUGGAACAACUUAUGCUACGUAUCAUCAGCGAACUGCGCCCGUCCUUCCGCAUCAGGUUCCUCCCACUCCCGAAGCUCAUAUACACUCUGACGACAUGCGUACUGCUAUCCUUCCUAGUCAUGUCCUGCUCCAAAUGACUACUACGGCCUUCCCUACUCCCACGUCGGUGCAACCAAUUCCCCUACUUGAAGACGAUAUCACUCGUCGUGCGCUGAAUACAUUCGAUCGAAAUGACAUUGUGGAUGGACAUAAGAUUGGAAUCAUAUACAUAGACAACGGCCAGACAACAGAAGCUGAUAUUCUCUCCAACACGAGCGGCAGCCUGGACUACGAGCACUUCUUGUCGGGGCUAGGAACUAAGGUUCCUCUCAAAGGUGCUCAAUUCAACACCCAGGGAUUGCAUGCUGACGUGGAUGGCGAUUUCACCUACGCCUGGCGCGAUCGAGUCACUGAGAUCGUAUACCAUGUGGCAACCAUGAUGCCUACCAAUUUUGACGAUGACCCCUCCUGCAUAAAUAAGAAGCGCCACAUCGGGAAUGACUUUGUCAAUAUUGUUUUCAACCGAUCAAAUCUUCCAUUUAACUUUGACACCGUUCCCUCACAGUUCAAUUUUGUCAAUAUUGUCAUCAGUCCCGUGUGCCGUAUCUCGAAUGAGUCGAAGUUGAAGUUGGGAGGUGCAGCCUUCGGAACUGAUGGCUUCAACAAACAAUUUUACUCCGUGCAAGUUAUGAGCAAGCCUGGGUUCCCCGAAAUAUCACCUGCUGCUACCCCCAAAGUUAUAUCCGGCAAGAACCUUGCGGCAUUUGUACGCUUCCUUGCUCUGAAUGCUUCCGUGUUUUCCCUUGUGUGGAACAGCCAAGGAGGUGAGCAUGUCUCCUCUUGGCGAAACCGCCUGCGUGAAAUCAAGAGACUGCGGGAGCGAGCGUUGAGCUCCCAGUCCGAUGCGGCCGAAGGCACGUACCCAGGCCAACGCCGCAACACGAAGGCCAAUAUCUAUUCCGAAGAGCUGCCUUCUCGCAACGCUUCUCCCCGAGCGGAUUUUGCCACAGACUGGAAUGCAUGUGCGGAUGCUAAUAUCCUUCAAAAUCUGGACUUUUCUCGAUGGGGUCGCUGA